AUGGCCGCUCGAGAACAAGAUCGAACAAUCCAAACCCAAACCCCAAAUCUCCCGCUGCGGACAAAGUCCAUCCUAGUCCUCGGCGCCGGCGAACUAGGCCUCGCGAUCCUGGACGCCAUCCUCUCACACCCCGACUUCUCUCCCAGCACCACACGUCUGACGCUUCUGAUCCGGCCCUCCAGCCUGACCAGCCCGUCUCCUGCGCAACAGUCGCAACAAUCCCUCCUGCGCUCGCGCGGCGUGGUCCUCAUGGGAGGGGACAUUGAGUCUUCCUUACAGUCGUCGCUGGCCGAGCUGUUCGCGCCUUUCACAGCUGUAAUCCACGCGGGAGGAAUGACGCUGCCACCGGGCACAAUGACCAAAGUCACCCGCGCGGUGCUGGACGCGCGCGUGGGAUACUACGUCCCCUGGCAGCACGGGGUGGAUUAUGAUGUUAUUGGUCGCGAGGGUGGGCGGGGCAUGUUUAGCGAGCAGAUCGAUGUGAGGGAGAUGUUGAGGGGUCAGGUUCAGAACGGAGGGACGAAAACGGACUGGGCCAUUGUUAGUUGUGGCAUGUUCAUGAGUUUUCUGUUCGAGGACUUUUGGGGUAUUGUUAGGAGGGUGCCUUCUCCAUCUCCAUCUCCAGAUGCACGACGGGAAAAGAUCCAACUCACAGCCCUCAACUCCUGGGACGAUCUCAUCACGACCACCACGGCCGAGGAUAUUGGGAAAUGCACGGCCCAAUUACUCUUCACUGGUGACUCGCCUGUCAACACGCCCGUCUAUAUCGCCGGCGACACAUUGACGUACGGCGCGUUCGCCGACACGGUCGAGCCCGUCGUUUCCCCCUUGGGGAUUGAGGUCGUCAGACAGGUGUGGCCACUCACGUUCCUGAGGGAAGAGAGCGAGAAGGACCCAGGGGACAAGAUCAAGCGGUACAGGGUCGUGUUUGCGGAGGGGAAGGGGCUAAGUUGGCCGAAGGAAAGGACGUGGAGUGCCAUGCAGGGCAUCAAGAUGGAGGGCGUGGACGAGUAUGCUAGAAGGCUGUUUUCUGUGAAGUGA